AUUUACGUCUUACUUAUCGUUCAUCAGUGUAACAGUGCAAGGCAAAGUCUAGCCAAAAUAAUAGAGAUGGAGAUUGAAAAUAGUUGCUGUAAAAUUUAUAAUCAAAAAGAUGUAAAUUCACCUGAAUCAGAACUCCCGAAAUUCCUUCAAAGCUGUAUAGACAGCAUUAUAAUUAAAGAAGGUUUCCUAAAUCCCAAUAUUAAAAUUAAUAAGAUUCCUAUAGACGGAGGGAAUUAUUUGGCUUGUCUGUACGCUGUAGAUAUUUGCGGAAAAACUAAGUGCGGUGAAAAAGAAAUUAAUAUUUUUAUUAAAAACUCGAUACCUGUUGACGAGUCGUACGCAGAUUUGUUUUUGUUGUCAGAAUUGUACUGCAAUGAGUGUUUCGUUUACAAGGACCUAUCAAAAAUCUUCAAAAAACUUGAAGACGAAGCAAACGUCCCGUUGGAAGAAAGAUAUAGAAUCGCCAAAUGCUAUGAUGAGUCGUCAUCAGAGGCUAUCAUACUUGAAAACCUGGCAAAGAAAGGAUUUAGAACAUGCGACAGAAAAGAGAUAGUCCCUUUGAAAUACACUGAGUUGGCUGUUCAACAACUUGCAAAAUUUAACAGCUUCGGUUUCAUCAUUCAAAAAAUGAUGCCUGGUUAUUUUGAAAAAAAGAUUUCUUGCCUCCCAGAUUCCAUGGACUUCGGUGACGGUUGGAGGAAUAUUAUGAAGAAAACUGCAAAAUUUUCAAUUAAAAAUAUGAGCAGUGAUGCUAAAAAGAAAGCUGAAGUGAUAAUUGAAAAUGUUGAUGUUUAUACAGAAUAUAUGAUAGAUAAAUCUUCUGUACUAACUUUAUGUCAUGGAGAUUAUAGGGCUAAUAACGUGAUGAUGAGGGAAAAAGAAGGCGAAGUAGUAGAUGUGAUGCCAGUAGAUUACCAAAUAAUAAGGUACGGUUGUCCUGCCAACGACUUGCUGUAUUUCAUAUACGGGUGCACUGAUCCUCAGUUCCGGAGACGACACAUGAAACAUCUUAUAGACAUGUAUUAUGAAACUAUGACUAACUAUUUGAAAUAUUUCAACAUCGAUAUUACUGAAGUGUACCCGAGGAAGGAAUUUGACUCUUCGUUGAGAAACAGACAACAUUUUGGAGUUUUGGUUGCUUUAUGUUUUUACGCCUUUUACUAUGCCCCGAAAGAUAAUCCACCGGAUUUAACAAAAGGCAGUGAUUGCUUGGACAUUGAUGUAGACUUAGAUAUCGUGAAACGGAUUGAAGAUACGAUAGAGGAAAUAGAUCACCAAUGUUUUUUGUAAAUAAUAAAUAAGACAUUGGCCUCGAUUCCUGCUGACACCUCCUAA